AUGGAUAAAAAUACUCGUAGAUAUGGGACAUCUCGUCAGGCAGCACAAAAAUCUGCCCAAAAGAUUAAAAAUCCAACUACUUCAAAACUCAAACCCUCUAAGCACUCCGCCGCUCCUUCGAAUAAAAUUGAUUGUGAACCGAAUCCUCCCUCCAUUCCGUCUAACCAACAAAAUACUAGCUCAUCUUCGAUCGGCGGACAAGAUCUUUUAGGUGGUUCUGAUAACUAUAAAAGAGUAGAAAGUAAAGCAAUUGUCACAUCAUAUGUUACUUCACCAAAAUUGCCUGUCAAAAAAUCUAAUAAGAAAAAGUCGACGUCACGGAAUAAUUUUACAAACACAAAAGCGAGAAACAUCAAUGAAUCUUUGAUCUUCGAUAACAUAGAACAAAUUGAAGAUGAUGGGAUGGUUCUUAUAAUAACCAACAAACCAUCUACAAUUUCCAAUAAUCGUUCUUCUAUCCAGCCAAAAAAUCCUGCGAGGAGACCAUCCACAAUUACCGGCAUACCUAACCGUACAAGUAGCAUUUCUAAUACUACCAUCAAUGGUAGAACACGAUCAAAUGCAUCAUCCAUUAUUAUACCUUCUUCAAUACCCAAGUCGAGCGCUGAUAAUAUCAGCCUUGUCCAUCAUCCGUCAGAGAAGAUUAAUGAUUUAGAUGGUUUAAGGAGAGGUUCAAGAAUUACACCAAAGCAAUCAAUACCAAAUUCUUCAAUUAAUAAAUCACCUGUUCGAAACGUAAAAAGUAAUAAUGUUCGAUUGUCAAAAAAGAGCCCUCCUAUGUCUCCUAAUAUUACACCAAAAAGAGAUAGUGUUGGGAGUUUACUCUCUGUACCAUCUUCAAAUUUAAUACAGAACAGGGUUUCAUAUUCAAAAAAGGCUCAUCCUCCUAUUGUUACACCAAAAAGAGAUAGUGUUGAUAGAUUACUCUCUGGGUUCAAAGAGUCUUCCUCAUCUUUCACCUUUUAUGCCAAAAAAAAAGAUACUGUUGAGAGUUUACUUUCUGUACCAUCUUCAUCUUUAAUACAGAAUAGGGGUUCAAAGAGUCUUCCUCAUCUUUCACCUAUUUUUACGCCAAAAAGAGAUUCUGUUGAGAGUUUACUUUCUGUACCAUCUCAAACUUUAAUACAGAAUAGGAAUUCAUAUUUAAAAAAGAGUCCUCCUAUUUCUCCUACUUCUUCUAUUUCUCCUAUUGUUACGCCAAAAAGAGACAGUGUUGAGAGUUCGUCAUCGACUUUAACACGGAGCAGAGAUUCAUGUUUAAAAACACAUCCUCCAUCUCCGCUUUCAAAAGUCGCGUUUACUCACUCAGACGUAAAUCAUAAUAGGUCUAAGAGUGAGACUCUUCCUCAGGAUUUGUCGAACGAGACAUCUUCUGUUGAUGAUGAUGAUUUGAAAAGGCGCAAAAAAUUGUGGAAUGUCAUAAAAGAGUUGAUAGAAACUGAAAAGGCUUUCUUACAAGAUAUGAGGCUUUUAGAAGAGGUUUACUUUAUACAAGCACGGGAUAUUCCUAUUUUCAACCAUUAUGAUUGUAAAACCAUAUUUGGCAAUCUUCCGGAUAUAAUAGAGUUUUCGGACGAUUUUUUAGAUUUAUUACGUGCUGCAAGUGGAAUUGAAGGAUCAAAUGGUGAUCUUGAAAAACUUUAUAAGUUAGAAAAUGAUGAAUCAUGUAUUGGAGAUGUGUUUGCACAAAUGAUGAGAAAGGAACAAGGUGAUAGUAGGUUGGAAAAAGUUUAUGGUGAAUAUUGUAAACGGCACGAGGCUGCCGUUCAGAAGCUUCGGGAAUUUGAUACUGAUGACAAUGUUCAAGGAUUUUUACAGAAAUGUAAGAGCCAAUGUGAUGGCCGAACAACAUGUUGGGAUAUUACAAGUCUCUUGAUAAAACCAGUACAGCGUGUAUUAAAAUAUCCAUUACUACUGCAACAAAUCUUAUUACUUACAAAGCCUUCUCACCCGGACUAUGAACAACUUCGAUAUUCUUUAUCGGAAAUUACAAAAGUUGCUGAACGCAUUAAUGAAAUAAAGAAACGUAAAGAUAUAGUCGAAAAAAUUAAACGUAAUGAUAUAAAAUUCACAGAAGAUGAGCUUUAUAAUGCUUAUGUAGAAAAGUUUAAAAAUUUGGAACAACGAGGACUUCAAUUAGAGGAGGACGUAAAAUGUUGGGUUAAAAGUAUUAAGUCAUUUUUUGAAGACCAGCGGAGACUAGCAACUGUAAUAGAGGACUUUCAUACAUUAGGGAUAUCUUCAAAUAAAAAUGAAUUUGUAAGGAUAAUUGAAUACGGAAAAGCUAUUAAAGGCCUGGAGUCUUCUUGUGGAAGAGAAAUGGAGGAAGCAAUCAGAAAAGUGUUAUUUCCUCAAAUUGAGAAAUUUUUGUCGCUUUUCAAAGCACCCGCGGCUGUUAUGAAGAAACGCGAACGAAAACUUUUGGACCAUUGUCAUGUCAACUCGUUAAAAGCAAAAGGUGAAACACCUGAAAAAUCGCUCCAGCAAUCUGCAGAUGCUUUUAUGUCCAUCUCGGAACAAUUACGUGAAGAAUUACCCACAUUCUUCACGUUUAUGAUAGAAUAUUUUGAUAUUAUUGUGCAAGAAUUAGUUAAAAUACAGACGCGAUUUUAUCGACAAAUGGGCAUGGACUUUCAGCAAUACUUUUGUAAAUUUGUAGAUUUUCAGGCUUUAGAGCAAAUAUCCGAUGACAGAGAAUUGGUCCUGAGAGAUAUGGAUAUAAUUAAAGAAUAUAAUGAUUAUUACCAUGGCACAUUGGAAAUGGAUGUAGAAUUAAAUAAAUUUGUUCUCAUCGACACACAAAGGUCCGAUAUUAAUGAAGAUAAGAAUGAACGAGAAUCAAAAACCUCAGAAUCGGUUAGAUCUUCAACUUCAUCAAGAAGAUUGGAAGAGUCUAAAGAACAUAGGAAAGGUGGUAUUUGGACUGAUGAUGAUACUG